UAUAAGAAAGGGCAAAUGUGAAAGCUUAUAAACCAAAUAUCUGAUUUCCUCUAGAUCAAGUAAAAACAAUGGUGAGAAUGGAUAUUCCAUGGGUUGUAGAUGAAAUACUCUCUCGACUUCCGGCAACAUUUCUUGGCCGACUACGAUUUACAUGCAAACGAUGGAAUGCUUUACUCAAAGAUUCGAAAUUCAUCACAAAGCAAUUGGAUAAAGCAGCAAAGCAGAAUUUGGUUCUCAUGUUGAGUAAUUUUAGGGUUUACUCGAUGAGUAUCAAUCUCAAAGAAAUUCAUAACAACAUUGAUGUUGAUCCAUCUAUAAAGUUUACUGCUAAACUUAGCCAACAAGUCGAAAUAACGCAAGUUUUUCACUGCAAUGGCUUAUUGUUAUGUUCCACGAAAGAGGCCGACAAGACUAAACUCGUUGUUGUGAAUCCGUGUACUGGUCAAACCAGGUGGAUCGAACCAAGAAGUGAUUGCAAUAUAUAUGAUAUGUAUACUCUAGGUUACGAAAACAACAACAAGAAAUCGUAUGAUAGCUACAAAAUCUUGAGGAUUUCGUAUGGUUGCAAUCUCUUGGAAAUCUUUGAGCUAAAGUCUAAUUCAUGGAGGGUUCUUCCUCAAGUCCCUCCCAACAUGGGUCUGGAUCUACGUCUGUAUGGAAGAGGCGAGUCUUUGAAGGGAAAUACCUACUGGUUUUGCUAUUUUAAAUUCGGUAUGUUGAGUUUUGAUUUCACAACAGAGACACUUAGACGUGUGCCUCUUCCAUUUCCGUAUGGGCAUCGUGAUUUAUGUACUUUGUCUCUAUCAGUUGUUAAAGAAGAACAACUUUCGGUGUUACGUUCGAGUCAUGAUACGCGACAGAUGGAGAUAUGGGUGAGUGAUAAGAUUGAUACUGGAACCGUGUUGUCGUGGAGCAAAUCCCAUACAUUCGAUUUUGUUUCUCUGCGUGAUCAUCUUGGUUUUGCGGGUUCUGUGAGUGUCUUCAUUGAAGAAGACAAGAAAGUGAUUAUUGUGGGUUGUGGCAGAAGCGAGGAGAAGUACAAGAACAUGAUAUAUAUUGUUGAAAAGAAUGGAUGCAGAAAAUUAGAUUGUGAUAUAGACAAAUCUUAUAUUGCUCGGCCGUUUCUCUUUAGUUAUGUUCCACGUUUAGUUAGUUUAUAUCCACCAAUGUAAUAUUUAUUUUUUCUUCCUCUUUGUAUAUAAAGUUUUUGCUACCUUCAUUUCUUGUGGUGGACCGGUGGUCAUAUG